GUUGCAUAGCAUUAGCGAAACAUGGCAGGCUUAGCCCCUGUCCCUACGUUAAAAGGAUUUAUUUUAACUGAAAAAUUAGGCAGUGGGACAUAUGCAACUGUAUACAAAGGCUUUAGAAAGGUGGCACACAGAGAAGUUGUUGCUGUCAAGUGCAUUCUCAAAAAGGGCUUGUCCAAAUCCUCCACAGAGAACCUGUUGACAGAGAUUGAAAUAUUAAAGAAAGUAAAACAUGAUCACAUUGUCAACUUAAUAGACUUUCAGUGGGAUGGCCAUUACAUAUACUUGAUAAUGGAGUAUUGCAGUGGUGGAGAUUUAUCCAAGUUUUUGGCAACAAAAAGAGCGCUUCCUGAACGCGUUGUUCGACGAUUUUUACAACAAUUAGCUAGUGCAUUACAGUUCCUACAUUCCAACAGCAUAUCUCACAUGGAUUUAAAGCCUCACAAUCUACUGCUCUCCAACUCAUAUGACCCAGUGCUAAAGGUCGCAGAUUUUGGUUUUGCUCAGUAUGUUGAGAGGGAGGUAAACAGUGAGAGUUUAAGGGGCUCACCUCUGUACAUGGCCCCCGAGAUCAUCCUGAAGGAUACAUACGAUGCUAAGGUAGAUCUGUGGUCUGUUGGGGUUAUCAUGUUUGAAUGCUUAUUUGGAAAAGCACCAUUUGCCUCCAAAUCAUAUGGUGAGCUAGCAGAUAAGAUAAAAAGCAAAGAGCCUAUUAAGAUACCUUCAGCCAUUCGCAUAUCUGAUAUCUGCCACGACCUGAUGUUCAGACUUUUACAACGAGAUCCCAAGCAGAGGAUAAAUUUUGAAGACUUCUUUAAUCAUAAGUUUGUAGACUUGGAGCAUAUGCCAUCUCCACAGUGCAUUGAUCGUGCUAAACUUAUUGUGAUGGAAGCGACACAGAAAGAUGUAGAAGGUGAUUAUAAGUCUGCUGCUAGCCUAUAUUGCCAGGCUCUUGAAUAUUUUCUACCGGCCGUCCACUAUGAGAAGAAUCGUGCUAAAAAAGAAGCUUUAAGGUCAAAGGUCCGAGAAUAUAUGAAAAGAGCUGAGGAAUUGAAGCAAUCAUUCAAGCCAUCUGCUGCACGACCUCAGACUGGCAAUCCAAAAACAGGUUCAAAUUCCUUUGAGUUAGAUGGAUUAGCCAAUGGGUGCCCUGCAUUAAAGGCAGCAUUGCAGACUGCGGACCAAGCUGAAAAACUAGAUGAAGAAGAAAACUACCAAGAAGCAUUUAGUAAAUAUGAGGAUGCACUUGGGCAACUGCUACUAAUAUUACAAAAUGAAUCAAAAGGCAAACAAAAGGAACUGUUGCAAUCAGAAGUGAUGCGAUUCAUGACAAGAGCAGAAGAGAUAAAGAAUUAUUUAGAAAUGAAACGUCUUCCAUUACGGCAAGACUCACUCAACCAAAGUGUAAUGGUGUCAAAUGACUCAGACGAAUCCACUCAAUGUACUAUUAUAUUUAUGGUACUGCAACUUAAUGGGUUGUGACAUUUGUGUGAGUUC